AUGAAUACAAACUUAUUAUAUGUUCCACUACGACUGUCACGUCCACUCAAUCUUAAUGAUGAACUUCGUCAAGUCAUUAAUAAAGAUUUCUUCCAACCUCCGUCUUCAUUUGAAGAUGAUUUAUUAUAUGUUGGAAAUUUACGUGAUAGAAUUGCAAACAUUAAGAAUGAAACAAAUACAAAGGAAGAUGAGUCAAUCCUAUUACAAUACUAUGCCAUCCUCGAAAUGAUUCGUAGCAAGUUCCCCGAAACAUGUAUUGAGUUUGGUUGGUUCGGAACAUUGACAUAUGGACCUAGUGGGCCUUAUAAAUCGCGAUCGUUAAAAUUUGAAGAAUUAAACAUUAUGUUCCAAUUGGGUAGUUUAUAUUCCCAAUUUGCAUUAAAAGAACUGAGGCAUACUGAUAAUGGAUUGAAACAAGCAUGUAUGUAUUUCCAAUUAUCAGCUGGAGUUUUCCAAUUAAUGACUGAUCUACUUGAACGAGAAACUAAGGAUCAUAUCUCUCCGCAGGAUUUAGAAAAAGAGACUCUAAAUUGUUUGAUACAGCUUAUGUUGGCACAAGCUCAGGAAACUAUCUGGCAAAAGGCAGUUGCUAAUCCAGGUGCUAAAGAUUCGGUUAUUUCUAGAUUAGCUGUACAAACGUCAGAGUAUUACUCGCGAGCAUUUAAAUGUGGGAAUAGUUCUGAGUUUAUUAAAUUGGAAUGGAUUAAUCAUAUUGCUGUGAAAAUGUUCCAUUUUAAAGCUGCUGGCCAUUUUAGAACUGCAAAGAUAGCUCAAGAUAAUUUUCAAUAUGGAGAACAAGUUGCUCAUUUGAGAAUAAGCUCAAAGAAUAUUAAAAAUGCAUUUAAAUAUAAAAAAUAUGUAAGUUCAUUUGUAUUGGAAGAUUUGCAAGGUCUUUCGGAUAUAGUUAGUGCCACGUUAAAAACGGCAGAGAAAGAUAAUGAUUUAGUAUAUUUAAAAGUUGUCCCUGGUGAAAAUGACUUAAAACCAAUUGCUGGAGUUGAUAUGGUGAAACCAAUAUGUCCAGAUGGAUUGACAAGUCCAAUUUCGGAAAGGCAGGUUUUCAAAGACUUGAUUCCAUAUAUGAUAAUCCAUGUAGCACAAGCAUUGAGAGAAAGACAAGAUGAUUUCAUUAGAGAGCGAGUUCAAGCUCCAUUACAGUCAUUAAAUAACUUGAUGAAUUCAUUCUUGAUAGAAAGAGGCCUUCCAGCAUCUAUAGACACGAUUCAACAGCCAGAAAAUAUCCCGGAUUCAAUUAUUGAACAUUCGAAAGAAAUCUUGAAUAUGGGGGGACAGGAAUUCAUUGAAGGUGCCCUUCGAGAAAUUGGACAGUUGGCACAAGAUGCUGCCCAUUUGGUUGAUGAAUGUGAGCGCAGAAUCUCACUUGAUUCACAGGAGGAUGAUAUGCUAAGAGACAGAUUGUCCGGGAAUGCAGAAUGGACUCGUCCUAAUACGACAGAAGCUGCAGAAGAAUUGAUUUCGAAGAUUGCGGCGAUGAGGGAAUAUCUAAGUCAAGCUAAAUCUGGGGAUGAAAGGGUUCUCAGUGAGUUCUUGGGUAUCAAACCAUACUUGGAAACAUAUUCUGGCGGGCCAAAGGCCAUUGAAUCGUACAUUCCUAAUUCAACAUAUGUUAAACUAGAUGGGAGACUAUUAGCUAUUAUUUCUGAUUUAAGAGGUGCCUUAGCUGAGGUGGCGGAUCUUGAAAAUGAUCGUAAAAUAUUUAGUCAGGGAUUAGAGAUCAAAGCUCGGGAUAAUAAUAUUCUUCCGAAAUUGAUUGAUGAUUACAAACAAAGAAGAAAUGAAUUUUAUGAUAACCAAGGGAAUUUCAAAGAACUUGCUUUUGAACCUAUAUAUGAAAACCAUAUGAGGAUAUAUGACAAUGAUUUACAAUACGUUGAAUCUCUGAAGAAUAGGCAAAUUAAAUUGGAAUCUCAAUUGGAUACUUUGAACAAGCGGUUUUUGGAAGAAUAUGAAAUAUCCAAUAAUAUAUCUCAAUCAAAUAGACGAGAUGCUCUUCAAGCUUUGGAAAGUGUACAUUCUAAAUAUCUACAGAUCAUUUCUAAUCUAAAUGAAGGUUCUAGAUUUUAUAAUGAAUUUAUAACAAAGGGGAAUUCAGUACUACGUGCUUGUGAAGAUUAUUUGUAUCAAAGAAGACUUGAAAGUCGUGAUCUAGAGCAUGCACUAAAUCGAAACAAUGAAAUGCCGACUGAUAGUUAUGUUGAUAGUGAUGAUAAUAUUGGACCUAGAAAUGAUGUUGUGUCUCCACAAGGGAAGAAAUCGGGAAUAUGGAAUCCAACCACCGGAUUAAGAUUUGGCUAA